UUCGGACAUUUGGUGCACGCGCAAACGACUCAGGGACUGGCCAAACGCCUUGACGACCCUAGACCAGGUGACGUUCUCGUCCUUAGACAUGCGGAAUUCAAAGGCAGAAAAGCGCUCGGAAAUUACAAAGCGAGUUUCGGAGCACAUGGUCCACAAGUGGCGUUUGUGACAGAGUAUGACCUCAAGAAAGGAAAAGUUACUGCAAUUCAAACAUCA